AUGUCACAAGCUGCUUCCGACAUCAAGAAACUGAUUGCUACUUUACAAGCUGACUUUGUAGAAACCUUCACGUCCAGGGAAACACUGCAGAAGUUAAAACCCAAAAUCAAACUUCAAGAUUCUGAGCCCAUCAUUGAACUAAAAAAACUAUCCCAGAUCUUGAAAGCUCAUGCUACAAAGAUUGGUAUUAUUCUGAACCCUGAGAAGUUCUUUGACAACUUGAAUGCCGUCUUUAAAGAGCUACAAUCACUGGCUAAUUCCAUAUUCUUCCUGAUCAGUCUACUUCCGCUAUUCUACCAAGGCCAGUACCCAGAGUAUUUCACGAGUUUACUGGAAGCGAAUGUUUUGAGUCUUCUAAAUGGCGUGGGAGGUCUAUGCAAAGAGUUAAACCAGCUUCUAUCGACAUCUUUCAAUCCAGACAGUGGUUCAGACGACAGCGCCAAUGCAAGACUAGUACCAAUUGGUAAAAUAUGGGCUGCAUGCGAUCAAAUGCUGGAACUAAGCGAAAUGGGUGAAUUGGGACUGCUCAACCAGAAAAUCAAAGUCAGCACCAAGCUUGUUAAUGAUACUUUAACGGAAUUGGAGGAGUGGCUUGUAGAGCCCAGUAUAGAAACUGAUGAUCCUUUUGGUCUUGGAAGUGACUCAGGAGAAGAUGAAGGUGAAGAUGAUGAAGAAGUAGAAGAAACUGAGGCGCACGAAGCUCCACAGGAAAUGAUACAGUUCAUACAAGAAUGGCAGACGAAAUUGAAAAUGAUUCGUCUGCUGCUGCAAUCGUUUUCCAAGUCUAUUGCGUCUAACGACUAUAAAAACAAAGAACCCACAUCCUUGCAACUGGAUCGACUCAAUUCCCUACAUGGACGGAUCGUGGCUGAAGUUGACGAACUGAUAUCAUCCACCUUCAUUGGAGGUCAAGAUUUCGAUCCCCAAGAUGAGGAGAUCAUAGGCUUGACAUCCCAAGUGAACUCAGCAGUUCGCGAAAUGGUCAAAAUCAUCAAAGAUCUGAACAAAGGUGACGAGAAAAAGGGCAAAUGGAUACAAGUCUGGGAUAACAAGUAUUUCAGCUAG